AUGGAUGGUGUGUUUGAUGUUGACGCAGGUGAAGUGAAGUCGGUGUCAGUGAUGGAGGGAGAUUCUGUCACUCUAAAGUCUGAACUCGCUUUCAUAACGGGUGAUCUUGUGCUCCAGUGGAGUUUUAAAGACACCCUCAUCGCCAGAAUGAACACAUCAAUCAAUAAAAAUGGCACAUUUAAUGUUGAAACUAAAAUAUUCAGAGACCGACUGAAGUUGAACGAUAAGACUGGAGAUCUCACCAUCACAAACACCACACUGCAAGACUCUGGAGCUUAUCUACUAAAUAUUCGUAUUGGAAAAAAGGUGACAAUCAAGAAAACCAGUCUCACUUUUGAUGCUCGGCCUGCUACACCAACUCCAUCAUCAUCACCAACUCCAUCAUCAUCAUCCCCAACUCCAUCAUCAUCAUCCCCAACUCCAUCAUCAUCAUCACCAACUCCAUCGUCUGAUAAAUGUAAAUGUAAAUGUAAAUGUGAAUGUGAAGGUGAAUGUGAAUGUAAACCAUCAUCCCCAACUCCAUCAUCAUCACCAACUCCAUCAUCAUCAUCCCCAACUCCAUCAUCAUCAUCACCAACUCCAUCAUCAUCAUCAUCACCACCUCCAUCAUCAUCAUCAUCAUCAUCAUCAUCACCACCUCCAUCAUCAUCCCCAACUCCAACUCCAUCAUCAUCAUCACCAACUCCUCCUCUGCCCAUCCUCGAAAUAACCAUCGAGGUAUCUCACUGUUCAGGUUCAAAAUGCUCUGCGUCGUGUUCAGUGAGGAAUGUGACAGAUGUGAGUCUCUCCUGGUACAAAGGGAAGAGUUUAUUGUCCAGCAUCGGUGUGUCUGGUCCGAAGAAUAUCUCUCUUCCUCUGGAGGUGGAAUAUCAGGACACAAACACAUACAGCUGUGCCAUCAACAAUCCCAUCACAGACCUCACACAACGUCUACACACCACUCAUGUCUGUCAAACGUGUGCAGUUGUGUGUUUGUGUUGUUCAGGUGUGUUUGGUGAUGAAGUGAAGAUUAUAGUGAUGGAGGGACAUUCUGUUACUCUACACACUCAUCUCACUGAUAUGAAGGGAGUUAUAUGGAUAAUAUGGAGUGUUGAAGAAGACGACUUAGUUAAAGUUCUACUUGUAAUGUCUGAAGGCAUAAUAGAUAAAGAUUUUGAUGAUGAGAGUUUCAGAGACAGACUGCAGAUCGAUCAGACUGGAGAUCUCACCAUCACAAACAUUAGACACAAACACUCUGGACGAUAUGAAGCAGAGAUCACCACUUACACUGGAACAACAUACAAGACAUUCAGAGUCACUGUCUUUGAUUCUCCACAUGUUAUCAGUGCUGGUGCAGGUGAUGUGAAGUCAGUGUCAGUGAGUGAAAGAGUUUCUGUGACUCUACACACUGAUGUCCAAACACACAGAGAUGAUCUGAUACUGUGGAGGUUUGGAGAUGAAGGUCUUCUCAUAGCUAAACAUGAUAAAGAAGACAAUAAGAGCUCAAUACGUGAUGAUGGGAUGUUCAGAGACAGACUGAAGUUGGAUCCUCACACCGGAUCUCUCACCAUCAGUGAUGUGAAAACCACAGACACUGGAGUUUAUAAACUGAAGAUCAGCAGCAACAACAGACAGACACAAUAUAAGACAUUCAGUGUUUCGUUCAACAAUAUCCACUGCUGUGACGCUGUCGAAGCUUUGAUGCGAUUGGUCGUCACUGCUGUGAUGGGCGUGGCCGCUGUGGCUGCUGUGAUUGUUCUGGGCUAUGACAUCAGAUCCAGACGAGAUGAGCACAAGAGAAAAUCACCAGAAACAUCUGAUGAAUGACAUUCUACAACAUCAGUAUUAUGUUUAUAAGCGUUCCUCUGUUUGAGUUUUGAUUUUAGGAGUUGCCAGUGUCAUGUUCCUCUUCGUCACCAUCUCUCCGGGACUGAUUCAGGACUCAGUGUAACCUCAGCACUAACUCACUGUGUUACCCUUGAAUAUAGAAAACUGUUAGACUACUACGCUUUUACUUUUUUUAAAAACGCGGCUAAUUUUUGCAAGGGCAUGAGUUUUUGAGCCCUCAAACCUGUUAAUUUACAUGUACUGUAUAUGCAAGCUUUUAUUCAUCAUUUUAAUAAUGUCAGUGUUGUAUUUCAUUGACCCACAUGCAUGUGACGUGUUGUCUUGUGUGUGGACAAACUCCCGUGAAUGUGAUUUUAUUACGUGUGUGCUGUGGGUUUCUGGCUA